AGUGCCUCUGCGCCGCGGACAGCCGACACACGCAGCCUCCUCCCCCACUGACGCCGGACUCCUCUGCCGGGGUAACGACACAGACUCUCCGCUUCCUACGGUUCCCGCCGCCGUUAGAAAAAAUAACAAUCAAUCCCGGUCCGCAUCCUUCUGUCCGCCGGCUGCUUCACCGAAUCGACCCGCGGUCCUCUCCGGUUAGGCCUGACGUAGCAUCAUGGAGGAGUUAGACGUCCCACAGAUGAGGAGAGAAGUGGAAAGCCUUCAGUAUCAGCUGGCAAUCAACAGAGAGAAAUCCUCCAUCACUGUUACCGAGCUGGUGAAGUGGAUCGAGGGUUGUGUUUGUGAAGAUCCAUUUCUGAACCCCGAGCUGAUGAGAGCCAACCCCUGGGUGGAGAAGGGCAAGUGUGUGAUCCUCUAAUGAUCACACACACACACAGACACACACUUGCACAGAAACACACACAUGAUCACGGAUGCAUCCACACUGAAGAAUCAUGCACUCCUACACGACCACGCUGCACUAUCUCAUACUCUCUUACACACACACACUUUAUCGCUAUGAUCAUGUUUAUUUAUUUGGAGACUCCUGAAUGCUGUUACUUUAUGUGAAGACUAAUGCGUGCGUGAGUGUACAGCACCGAGUAGCUUUCUAGAGGUUUGUUUUGAUGGACUGCUGAGCAAUGUUCAACAACACCUUUUUAUUGGCUCUUUACACUGUCAAUCCAAAUAAAGACUGUUUUGAAUUUAA